AUUGGAGCCAGAUAGUACCAACAGCGAGUGAUAAUGCAUACAAUCGUUGCAUGAAAAUGAUAUUUAACAUCGUGAUUCACCUAAUGAUGCAAGAUCCUUGGUAAAAUAUAUUGGACCAGAGCAGAGCACAGAAAAUAAAAGGUACGCAAUCUAUUAUGGGAAUUAUUUAGUGCGCUUUACGUUUUGUCUCUAAACAUUAAAUGAAAAUUAAAACAUUUUUUUUGACACAGUAAAAGAAACUUUUUCAAGGAACAAUCUUGUUGGCAUGGCUCAACGUUUUAGCUAUUAUAUGAAAAUAAUAUGAUUGUUUGUCAUGACGUUUGUGAAAGUUACACCGCUGCGCCAUUAAGGUUGCUAGUUAUACUUUCAUUAGAAGACAAGUAUUAUUUUAGCAUAAGGAGGUUAAAAAGUUCUCUAUAAUAAUAUAUGAAUUCAGAAUUGAUUGGAUUGGAAUACUUCAACUCCUCUGUUCACGGCUCCUACGACUAUCUCGAGUAGUAGCAUUGGGCAAAUGUAAUUGAGUUUGAUGGCAUAACACGAACCAAGGAGGUGUGAAAAAGGCAAAACAAACGCCAGCAGCUAUUUCAUUUGUUCUUGCGAAACUCGAAAAAAAGGCCUUCGUAAGCAAGUGACACGUCCUACAACCCAUAUUUUGAGAGAAAUAUUUACAAUUUAUGAAGAAAAUAUACUGAAAAGCAGACUUUCUUCGCUCUCCAAUUUUUGAAAAUUACAAUUAAUGCAAGAGGCAUGUUGAAGUGUUAAAACGUGUUCAAAAAGGAAGAUCGCAUAAUCAAAGACUUUUCAAGGUGCCAAUGAGUGAGUCCUUUGAAAACACUUUGGUAACGACUUCACUUAUUUCUUAUUUAUUUAAGUAACUUUCCAGUGGGGUACAUUGGCUUUUCCUCAGCCCGAUAUAAUAAUUUUUUCCUCUAGCCGUUAUCAUGGAGAUAACAUGGGGGCUUGCUAAUUUUUGCCCUCGGCAAGGCAACUGAGAAUACAUACACCGGCGUCAUCUGUUAUUGGUAUCAGGCAGUUCGAAUUCGUUUUAAUUUCAUUCUCCGGAAAUAUGGCUGGCUUUGGCGCGGAUAAAACGGGUUGUUCAUUUUAUAGGAGGGGCUAGUCCCGAGACAUCAAACAUAGAGUUUUAAUAGCACCCUUCUGCUCAUCUAUCCAUGGUGACUUACACGUUAAGUUUGUUUUCCAUGACCCCUAGGUCAUACUGAUUUGUGUUGUAUUUGUGGUGUCACAAAAAGUGUCACUAUACUUGAAAACGUUUAUUAGCAUUAUAACGGCCGACUUAUUCAUGGGACAGAUUACAUCGCUGAACCGAAUACUCUCUAAUAGCACCAGUAUUACAACUGAGGGCCGAAUAUCAACAGGCAUAUAGCAUUCAACUGUUUUAAGCGGCGACAUGAUUGUAACGUUGCUGGCAUGCGUUUCUUUUCAAAUUGGUUUGGCUUGGUUUGUUGUUUAUCUUGAACAUCAAGUAACCUAGACCGUAGGGGGUCUUCCUAUAGACGUAUUUCUAUUUUUUGUCUCAGUAGUUCCCUUCAAGCUAAAAAAUGGGGAUAAUCUAAGGCCAGAUGAGCCGUCAGGCUCUUUUGCUGACUUAACCUGUGUAAAUAAUGUUGCCGCAGGAAUUAAUACGUGUAUGAAAAACGUUUUUAUUGAAAUAAAACUUGUACCAAUCUUAGACGUAAUAAUGAUUCUCAUUAGGACAAGAUUACAGAAAGAAACUAUAUCCUUCAAAUUUGUCUCUAAAUUUUAAGUCUUUUUUAUCAUGGUUCUUCUAGGUCUAAAAAGGCCUGCACGGAAGACUCUGUAUGUCACGUUAAAAUAUAUUUAAAAAAAAGAUAUCGCCAGGUAGAAUUCGGCCUAUGGUGCAAGAUCUGGAAGUAGAGGUAGCUAAGAGAUACCAUCCAAUUGAUUGUACAUUUUGCAUUUUUUUCCAACAGAUCUGACCCGGGACGAUUGACUUCCAGAUGCUUACAGUCUCAACUGGCAGUCUACGCAAUGCUCACAGGCUACCCAAUGAUUUCAAUGGGUAAAUUUGUUCCCCUAUUGGUAUUCAUCUUUCAUGUCACAGGUAUGUCACCAUAGACGCGGUGGCCUCAUUGUUAGUGCGCUGGACUCCGAGUCGAGAGAUUCGAAUUCGAGACCUGGCCGAGUCAGUGUGUUCUUGGACAAAACACUUUAUUCUCACAGUGCCCCUCUCCACCCCUGCUCUGGUUUUUCGAAGGUUAGAUAACGCCAUCCACUGGAUAAAUCUCUAUCCAUUGGAUAACGCUGUACGUAUUGCCAUCACUUUAUCCGUUGGAUAGCGUUAUCCUGGAUACAACUGGGCACAGGAGUAUAAAUGAGUACCGGCGAAUUGUCAGUGAGGCCUUGUAAAAUGUUGGGGGGGUAAUCUUGUGAUGGACUAGCAGGAGGGGGGAAUAGUGAUACUCCUUGUCGCUUCAUUCUAAGGAAGUUGGGGUAAGUUUCGACUGGGUGGGCCACAUAGCUUGCGUACAGAGUUCACCUUUACCUUUAUCUAUCAUAUUAGUGCCCACUGCCAAUCAUCAUCAUCAGUUUUCCAUUUUUGUUCCAGAGGGCGCCGUCAAAUCUAACGAGACACAACUGUACAAGGACCUAUUUAAAAAUUACAACAAAUAUAACCAUCCAACAGUCAAAGGGGCUGAUGCUGUCAAGGUCGUGUUUGAUUUCCAACUCAUUCGUAUAAUUGAUGUGGUAGGUCAUUUUUUCUCUUCUUUUAAGGUAAAUGAGGACUGGCUGUUGGCAUGGGUUGAUGAACUCGAAUACAACAAUGAAUAGGUUGUACACUUUUAUCAAUUAAAAUCUCUAAAUCAAUGAUUUUUUCAGAGUGCCAAAGACCAGUUCAUCAAGACUUAUGCCUGGGUUAACCAGGUGAGAGAAGUUAGUCCCUUAGAUUAAUGCAAUUUUUUUCUUAAAUUAAAUAUCAAAAGUUAUUCGGGAUUCUCCCAGAAAACCGGAUCAUUAUUAUAAAAACAAAUUGAUCACGAAUUAGCUUCUCACUUUUUGCUGCGCAUCUAUAACAUUUUGAUAUUAUGUGUUGAAUUUCCAUGAAGUCCUUGUCAUAUUUCCUUUCAUCUGUUUGGUAGUUUUAAUUGAUUUAGCUUUGAUUUAAUGACCAACUCAAGCGAAUUAUUUUUAUGAAUCUUGUCUUAAGUUGCCCUACCUUUCUUUUCCAUUUUUUUCCUUUCGUGUUUGUCCACAUUCCUUUGUACCGCCAGUCCAGCAUUUCAAUUUCAAUUUUUUUUUUGGUUGAUAUUUUCACCAUGAUGGCCUCUCGCAUGCGACCGAUUUCUUUCUCUCCCUGCAUGCUAAAAAAACAUUUCAGUCAUUUAGGAGGUUGACUACUAAACGUGUGUGAGAAGUUUUCAAUCUCCCCUUCGUGUUUUUUUUAGUACUGGAAUAAUCCUCAGCUUAGAUGGGAUCCCAAUAAGUACAAUGGAAUCAAAGAAAUUCAUAUACAGCCAUCCGAUGUAUGGGUCCCUGAUAUCCUCUUAUACAACAAGUAAGUGGAAUUGUCUAAAUAACUGAAAAGUGCGCAAUUUAUCUCGUCGUUAACAGAAGAAUAUUCCCUAACAUCUGAUGGAGGGUAAAAUUAAUAGAGCAUCACCAUUUUUUGAGUCAGAUACCAUUGCCUUUAAAAUAUUGUGGAAACUUGAGUCAGUCGCUAACUAGUGCAGCAAAAGAUCAGACUGCAGAGAUAUAAAAAAGAAUCGAUGAAAGACGUUUUAGGAUCAAAAGGAAGUGACACAGAAUGCAAACGGUGAUCUUAAAAACUUUAAGCAGUAUUGUUCAAGAUGCAAUUUUCAAGUGAUUGAAAGCAAGGAACAGGACAACCAGGAUAGACUCUUCACCUGUCUGAGAGCCACGUUAACGUAUAGCACCUUACUUCAAAUUAACAAACAGGAAAACCAAGGUUACAGACCCAACCAGAACCGUCUGAAAACCAGUUUUAUUUAUUUUUCUUAAUAAUAAAAUUAACACAACUUCAUUUUCAAAGAGUCGUUCCUUUCCCUCUUACCAGUGUUGAUGAAGAAGACCGUUUUGCUGGUGGAAAGUUUACUUACAAAACCAACGUUGCCAUGACACACGAUGGAAACAGCACAUGGCUUAACCCCGCUAUUUUCAAAAGUAUUUGUAAAGUGGACGUAACGUAUUUCCCGUUCGAUGAGCAGGAUUGCUCCCUGAAGUUUGGUUCAUGGUCCUUCGACAGCUCAAAAGUAGAUCUUCACGCACACGGUGGAAGUAUGAUGAACGACAACUACGUCAAGAACGGAGAAUGGAGGUUGACACUAUUGAAAUCUCAAAGAAAUAAACAAAAAUAUCAAUGCUGCCCGCACGAAUUCAUUGAUGUUACGAUACAGAUGCAGCUACAGCGAGAAUCGCUGGACUAUAUUUUGAAGUUAAUCAUUCCAUGCUCGCUGAUUUCUUCCAUGAUAUUUUUGGGUUUUGUUCUUCCGCCUGAAUCUGGUGAACGAAUAGGGCUGAGUAUCACAGUUCUGUUGGCAAUGACUGUGUUUCAACAACUCAGCUCCGAGCUAAUGCCUUCGUAUGGAUUUCCACUGCUUGGGCAAUACUACUUCGCCUGUAUGAUCGAGAUAGGCGCUUCCCUGGUUGUCACUACUCUCAUACUAAACUUUUAUCACCGUAACAGUCGACGAAUGCCAAAAUUUUUGAGGGUUGUGAUAUUAAAAUGGCUGGCUCGAGUGGUAUUCCCAAAAAGUAGCGCCAAAGACUGGGAAGUGAUUUCAACAAAUGUGGAAGCGCCCAAUUGCAAGUCAACUGCGAAUGAUAAUGGAGAACAGGGCGACUCUGAUAGCGAAAAAGGUUCGUUUUUCCUUGUGCAAUCGCUUUUGGAGCACGACAAAUCAAAGAUUUCUCCCACAUAUUCCGAUCCGUGGAUCCCAUUGGAAAGGAAGAAUGAGUUUGGCAAUUCGGCAAACGGCACAUCACACUACAAGAACACAAAUGGCCAAGCUUACGACAUGCUAUCGGGAAACAGGUCCAGGCAUACUGGAAACCAAAGAAAAACAAGAUUUUCAAACUACCAAAAUAACACCCGGAGAGAGACCUCAAGGAAUGAUUGUUGCACUCAUCGCCAAAGCCCCGAGAAAAGAGGCUCAUCCAUUGGUGCUACAUCUAUUCUUUUGGACCUUUUCCAGAGUACGAACGACUCGGAGCUUUCGCCACAAAUGUUAAAGAAUCAAAAGGAGUGGAUUAAGGCGGCACGUGUGUUGGAUAGACUCUUCCUGAUUAUCUCCGUGCUGAUUGGUGUAACUACUCUCUUUGCCUUGUUUCUAAAGGCUCCAAGGUUUCGUUGAGAUAACUUGAACAGAGGCUUUAAGUUAAGUGUAUGCGCAAUAUUCACAGAAAGUGCGCCCAAAAAGUUGCUUUAAAUGGCAAAUAUAACAUGCUUUCUUUGCACUCAAAGAAAGAGAAAAACGACUUCAUCGAAGCUUUUUCCUCCGUCAGGAAAAUACCUUUUCAUUUUGAAAGAAGGAGAAAGGCAUUAACUCAUUUGAAAUUACAUUUUAUGCAAGUUGAAUUUCAGACUUACACAAAACAAAACAGAGGCAUCCAUUCUUUUUGAAGAGGCAGAUUUGGGUAAGGGAAGCCCUCUUUCUUUUUUUUUUUUUUUUUGGCAUCUGUUAUGUUGUCUUCCUUGAAGUGCCUUUAAUCAUUCAUGAAAAGCAUUUGAAAUUAAAUUCUUUCGCGAUUCAGUCAUGGAUCAGUUUUAGGCUGCUACAAGUUCGCGUCCUGUCUUUCAAGAAGUUAACUUUUCGAUUCCGUCGAGCGAGCGAAGGAAAAUACCAUGUAAAAGGAAAAGUAAAUGAGCCAAGGAGUUACAACCUUCUGGAAAAAUGAAAGUGAGCUUGAAUCAUUCAGAGUCUUAGUUAUAACGAAACGAUAAAAAACGAAGACAAAAUAUGCUGUCUUCUGACCGAGAAAGGGAAACCGAUUCAGUAUAGUACGAAUAGUAUGGACUUCCGAGUGACCGAUACUUUUAAAAGAAGGAAGUGAACUCUCUAUUAGCUCCCUUCAAUUUGAGUAUAGGUCAGGUCGCCCCGUUGCAAUGUCGCCUCAAGCCACGACGCGCCAGAGCUAAUACACCGCGCGUCACCCUGCACAAUAUUGACUGAAGUUGUUUCAAGACCAGUUAACGGUAUGGUUAUAUCAUUUGGUCCAGAAAUACCUAGUUCCGAUCGUUGAGGUCAAAUUUAUAUUUUUCCUUUCUUUUGAGAUUUUAUUUAUACAUGUUUCUAACUGAGCCACGGAUCAGCUAUGAGUGAAGAUCUUAAAUUUAACCAUUUCACUUAAGGAUCCAUGGAAAUUUCCGUACACGUGUCUGAGUCAAUUAAGACCAAACACUUUACAAUUUACCAUGCUGUGCAACCUUUGGAGUUGUGGCAUAACAGCCCUCAAGGAAAGUCAUAAGCUUUGCAAAUUAGUGUGAGAAAGCAUAUAGAGAUAACUAACGUAUCAAUCCAUUAUGAAAAGUUGGAACAUACCAGUAACUAUGAUCAUAUUAAAUAAUUAUGCACACCAAUUCAACUACAUUAAUUUUCUUUUCUUUUUUCGGACUGGAUACAUCAACCUACAUGUUAUAACCAUGGAAGGGAAGAGAUGUAAGUGAUUAAUUAAGAAUAAGAUGUGAGAGAGUAAGUAAGGGUAAGAGAGAUGUAAGUGAUGUGAUGUAAUAUCCAUGUCAAUUAGAAAUUAAUAACAAUUAUUUUCCAAAGUAAAAGUUUGUUUCAAUGGUAAUAAUUUUUAUGGUACCUUUUAAGGUUCUUGUGUCCUUCUUCACCAGAAAAAUUCAGAAAGCUUGCGGAACAUGAUUUAAUAUGGCUAUCAUUUGGACAAUAACAGAGGUACAGAAUUAGACCUUUGAAGCUGACCGUAGUAUCAUCCUAGCAAUGCAAUUAUAUUGGGGAGCAGGGAUUCAAUUCCAGGAGUAUUAUAUUUAUGAUGAGUUUAGCAUUAUGGGGAAAUUGCAGCAAGUCGAAAUAGCCUUAGAUUCAGACUGCUUUCAAAGGUUUAACACACCUUUUAAGGUAGUGCGCAGUCUUCUUGCAUUAGCAAAUGUAGAUGCACUACUCUGGGGACCAAGCCAUGGCAAAUACGCACGAAGACGCCCAAAGAGAAUACAUAUCGACCAACUGAUUGAUAGAUGAAGCAGGAGUGAAGAAAUCCUAAAUAUUUUGAAUGACAGAUUACAAUUGAAGAAACGUGUCAUGGAAAGCCGAGCAAGCUCAUCCUGAUGGAUAUGAUGACCAAAUGCAUGUGCAAUAACUACUAAUAAUGGAAGAAAAAGCUCUGAAGUUUUAACCAAUGUAGGGCUUUUCUGUAUGUGAAUCAAACAUUUUUUAUUAAUACUAACCGGUAACUUUCAGUUUCUUAUACCCAUUGUUGGAAAGAAGCUGUUUAAAAAGCACAUGAAAAUAAUAUGGGCCUACCCAGUAUACUUUGUUCAUGAUCAAUGAAAUGACCUUGGCAACCAAUACGUGUGAAUACGCUUCUAUAGUGAGAUCAUCAAUCAUCAAACAGUUACAAUAUUAACACUGACAUGGUAAUAAUGAUGGUUCCCAUUCCUGCAUUGCUUCCACACGUUAAUAUAACGAAUGGUGCAUGACUAAAAUUGACACACGCCUGUAGAGAAGUAGAGAAGGGUGAAACUAAGGGACCACUCUGGUGUCUGCAGAAUUUUGGGAGGAUCACACGGUUUUCAGGGGGAUCGGAAUGGGGAUCAGUAGUGUCUAACAGAGUAUCAAGGCUAAAGUGGGAGGCUCCAGAAAAUUGAUUAUCAAUGAGGGCGGAUCAUUAAAAUAACACAGAGCCUAAGAGGAGGAUAUUUCACGGUAACAACCAAAAUCCACUGAGAAAUUUGGGAGAAAGUUUUCUGUCAAUUUAAGACGCUCAAUCAUAAGCCUUUUCAGAGCUCAUCUAACCACCUUUUCCAGAGAGAACAACUCUCAUAGUUAUCUGACUCAUUAAUUCGAAUUUAAAAGCCUUUCCUUUUCUCUGUUUGAUUCAUGAAAAAAAAAAAAAAAAAAAAAAAAAGGAAAGAAAAUGCUUGUUACUAUCUCAUUUGGCGACCAUACCGCUGACAAGGAGCCAAAAUGACCCUGGGCUCGAGAUUAAUACAAAACUUAAUGUCAGCGGUCUAAAUUCUUUUUGGCACGCGUAUGUUAUAUGGCGCGAAAUCGGCGGGAAAUCAAACAUGGCGAACUGAGCAGACUGUGUGACUCUUUAUACUGACGGGUUAUCAUCUACUCGCCUUCAUUUACCUCUCUUCAAGUGGUCAGCAUCUUCGUGAAAGACAUAAAUAUCAUACGAACCGUAUAUCGUAAACAGUUUGCCUCCAGAAUUUAAUUUCGUGCACACUAGGCUCACAAGAAACCACAAAACUUGGAUUUGGAUAAAAUGGUCGUUCCUGAACAAAAACGAAAUCUCCCCUGGUAAGUUGAGAUAUGAAGUAGAUCGUCGUAUGUCUGUAGGUCCAGCAUGUCUCACUUAUUUGCAUUCCCCCUGAUUGACAGUGCUGAUAAUACAUCGUGAAUUAUGAGCGACGCUAACACAUGCCAAAAGGACAUUUUGAGUCUGUGUACUCCCAAAGAAAUAUUUUUGUUUGAGUCAAGGACACUGUUUUUAACUUAGACGUCAUAUUUAACGGGGAAUGGAGUUUAUUACUCCUGCAUCACGUUGUGACAGUCUAUGAAGUCAACAAGAGACUUUGAAUAUAUGUAUUCAAUACAACAUUUCCUAACAGGGUUGAGAAGUACAGACCCAACAGUUUGGAAGAUCUAAUCUCCCACAGGGAUAUCAUCACAACAAGUAAGCUUAUCUCCCUUGCUUUGUCAGUAGAAGCACAUGGAAGGCUUUACUGCAGUGUUAGCUUUGUGAAUAGCGAUUAUCUCAGACUGUUUCUUACAAUUAUUUGUUAUUCCAGUUAUUACAUAAUAGGAAUAGUCCAUUUCAGUCUGUAAUCAUACAUGUACGAGUGACUAGGAAAAUCGGACAAUUGCGAAGUAGGAGUUUGAUAUGUUAAUCAUGGGUAUGAAUACCAUCAGAAUUGGAGGACAUUAAGUCCUGUUACCAAUUAAACCCAGUUAUGACAAAUUUGAGAAAGAAACUAGGAAUCAGUUAUAUGUUUUCAUCAACAAAACAGUUAAUUUGGCAAAAUGCAAGAUAACAGUGUGACUGAGCAAGCAGAUAUGUCAGCCUUUUGCCAUUUUCUGUUCAUUUAAAGACUAUUGUGUAACUAGGUAAUUUAGUGUUAACAACUGAGCUGAAAAUGUAAAUUGGCCAGCAUAGAGAGUGAAAAGUUAGCCCUUCAACAGAGUGAAGGGCUAACACUCAAAACGUCAGCUUUUUCACUCUUUACAGUGGCUAAUUUACGUUUUCAACUCAGUUGUUAAUACUUAUUUACCUGCUAUACUCUCCCAACAAUGCAGCACCACAGUUUCUUUAGAUACUUACCCCCUUUAUUGUGCAAUUAACAUGCAUCUUAUGACCAUUAUUAAGGCGUAAGAUGUAUGAUUCAGUCUAUGCUUGGAUACAAGUGUUGUCAAUAAAAUCAUUCUAUUAUAACUGUCAAUAGUCAAAAGAUUUAUCGAGGAAGAUCGAUUGCCCCAUCUGUUAUUUUAUGGUCCACCUGGAACUGGGAAGACAUCAACCAUAUUAGCUGUUGCUAAACAGAUCUACUCUCCAAGAGAAUUCAACUCCAUGGUUCUUGAGGUAAGAAAAGUGUUAAAGGGAAAUGCUGUAUACAAAUAGUGGCUACAGGAGAUCAUUUGUUUCUUCUAAUUUUAUAUUCUCAGAUUUGAUUUUGAGAACAUUUUUUUCCAAGACAGUAAAAUUGUCAAUUAUUGAAUAAUGGGUAGUUAAGAUUUGUUAUGCAGUACUUCAAAUCAAAAAUGUUCUCUCAAAGUUAAUUCAGGUAAAAGGUGUGAAUUGACAUUUAUAUCACAAUGAAACAGGGAGGGUUUAUAGUGCUUUCUGUUAUUAAAUCUCAGCAACUUGAAAUCUAUAAUGUUCUAUUUUCAGUUGAAUGCUUCAGAUGAUAGAGGUAUUGGUAUUGUUCGAGGAGCCGUUUUAAACUUUGCAAGUACAAGAACAAUUUUUAAGUAAGUCAAGUAUAUUUAGAGCAUACAGUGUAAAUUACCAACAACUGUCUGCCGAUGAGUUGUAUAAAUAGUAUUAGAAGUUCAGUACUCAUGAUUAAAUACUUCAGCAAUACGAUUUCUUGUACACUGCAGAUCUGGUUUUAAAAUUGUAAUUUUGGAUGAAGCAGAUGCCAUGACUCAGGAUGCACAGAAUGCCCUACGAAGAGGUACAUGUACUACCUACUGAACAUUAUCAUUGGUUUGGUCAGUUGUUGCCUUGUUUUCUUAUCUCAGGAAGGUUGCCUCCUUAAUUUAUUAAGUUUAUUGCAUUGUGGUCACCAGUAAUAUUAUAUUGUGUUGUAUUGUAGUUUCAUUGUCAGUGGUUUGUGCUUUAGUUUGUUUGAAGAAGAACUGACUGCUUGUACAUUCCAUCUGUUGCCUACAGUUCACAAUGUGCACCUUUUGCCAUUCUCUUCCCUAACUUUGUUGUGUUCUACUUAAUUCAUUUUCUUUUAAAGCCUCAGUAUUUUUCUUUCCCCAUAAAGAAUUUACAAUUUUCCUGGUCAAAGCUCACCUUUUAAAAGUUGUGAAAAAAUUUCCUUUGAUUAGAUACAAAAACAGAACUUGUAUUCUCAGUCUCUUUAAUCCUCUACACCCUGACAUCAUUAUGCAUACCCUCCAUACUGUUCUCUACACAUUUCUUUGGGUCUAACAAGGUGAAUUUGAAAACCAUGAAGAACUUCAUCAGUUGCUGAUCAUUUCCUCUAUUCUCACGACUUAAAACAUUUGAUUCAAGGGAUAGAUUGUCAAGAGAAAUUAGAACCUUGUCACUCUAAGGAAUUAAAGGGUUAAUCACUGUUAGUUACUUGCUAAAUUGUAGUUUGGUCUCUUUCCAUCUUUCUUUGCAGUCAUGGAGAAAUUUACAGAGAACACCAGAUUCUGUUUGAUCUGUAAUUAUUUGACAAAGAUUAUUCCAGCUCUCCAGUCUCGUUGUACAAGGUUUAGAUUUGGACCUCUUGAUAAUGAACAGAUGAAGAGUAGAUUGGAACAUGUCAUCAAAACUGAAGGGUAAGGUUCUUACAGCAUUGAUUGACAAUAGAUUAAUUCUGAUAUUUUAAAAUUCAGUGUGAAACAAAGACAUCACUGUAAUUCUGAGGAAGAUUAUCUUUCAUCUCUAUAGCUGAUUUCUCAGAGCCUCACUUAGAUGUCAAAUUACUGAUGUUGAAUUUUAAAAUAUUAACGUUAAUUUUCAGAUGAAUAUAAAGGCAAAUGGGGUUGUAGCCUAAUUUAACUAGGGUUAAUGCGCUCUCUUAUUGAGUGUAUACUCAGUGUGUGAUUUGUUUUCAGAGUACAAGUUUCUGAUGAUGGAAUGAAAAGUUUGGUCAGGCUGGCAAAUGGUGACAUGAGAAAAGCUCUGAAUAUUCUUCAGGUUAGUGCAAAGCUCUUGUUAAGUCUUAAUUGUCUCUCCAGUCUCUUUUCAUUUAAGUUAACAAAACUGUUCAAUGCUGGUAACCUGUUUUAGUUGUCUCUUUUCAGAGCACUUCCAUGGCUUUUAGCAUUGUUGAUGAGGUGAACGUAUACACCUGUACAGGGCAACCUCUGAGAUCAGACAUUGCAAACAUAGUAGAGUGGAUGCUUAAUGAAGACUUCAAUACUGCCUAUAGUAGUAUCUUUUUGAACUGAACUAAUUUCAUUGUCUGGUGUUCAGUAAGGGGUGUUCUAUGGAGCAAAUAGUGCUGCCUUAAGAGAAUUAUUCCUUUUAUGAUAAUUUCUGUGAGGCUGAGGUUAAUAUAUCACAUUGCCGCUGGCCUCAAUAACCAUUUAAUACUUAACAUGAAACUGUAUGAUUUUUCUCAUGUGAUGCUGCAUGAAAACCUACAUUUCAUACAAUCCGUAACCAUUAUACAGAUAUAACAAAACUAAAGACUCUGAAAGGACUUGCCCUACAAGACAUUCUCACAGAAGUACACCUGUAUGUACAUAGAGGUUAGUAGCUUUAAACCUAGCUUAAACUUAUCUUCAUAUCUGUUCUAAACUACCAACACCACGAAGCUUUUCCUUUUUCUUUUUUUUAUCAUUUUCAUUUCUUUGUCACAUUAUCUUCCCCAAGAUCACACUCUCAUUCUAUUUGUGUUGCUUCUUUUUAUUGGACUUUCAUAACUUAAAGGUUUUACCUUUUCCCUUUCUAGUUAACUUUCCUCAGAAAAUCAGAAUUCACUUGUUGGAAAAGAUGGCAGAUGUUGAGUAAGUAGAAUUUCUAUGCAGAAACUUGUACGAAAUUUUGACAGGGAAUUCAUGUUUGCUCAUUUGAAGCUGAGUGAAUAUGUUUGCUGAGAGCUCUCUCUGGCUCUAUAUGAUAUAAACAUUAUGUUGUUUUGAUUGGCAGUUUUGAUUGGGUUUUGUAUAUGAAAAAGUUUUCUUAUUUACAAGUAAGAUAGAAAUCAUGGAUAGCUUGUCACAUUUUUUUCUAAUGAGAUAUGCUAAUUGUUUUCAGGUACCGUCUAGCAGCUGGAACCUCGGAGAAGAUUCAGCUUAGUUCACUGAUAGCAGCCUUCCAAGUAGCUAGGGAUAUGGUUACACCUGACUCAUAGAAAUAGGGGGUUUUUUGUGCCUGAGGUUCUUUCAUGCCAUGAAAAAGACUUUAUGGACAGAAAAUAUUGUACAAAGACUUUGUUGUGGAAUUUUAUAGGUGUGAGGGGAGAGAAAUAUAUGGAAAAAGCAUUGGGCGCUAUUCAGUCAAGACAAAUGAGGAUGAAUAAACAACUUCACAAGCUAAUUUAACACGAAUUGUAGUGUUUUUUGGUGGCCUAAUACCAUUUUUGUCAAUCUGAAGUUAUAUAUAACGUUACCUUCAACCAGUGUGUCCAUGCUACCACUAAGGAGGUUGGGUUGUGUGAUGGAACAGUUACUGCACUACUAAAAUGUUCUAAGGGCAUGUGAUCCUUCCUUUUUUCAUUAUCAUUAAACAAUAUGUCAUGCCCCACAAGGAGAACAUAAGUGUAAGGGCCCCACUUUAUUCAAAACUCUUUCCAUACCUUGUGGGGCUAUCAAGAUGGAAAAAUGAUGUCCAGUACUGUUGAUGGGCAGAAAAUAAAGCACUAUGAAGUCUGUAGAGAAGGCCUUGCUUAAUGUAAAGUAUCGCAAAAUUAUUGAACACGUAUACUGUAGCAAUUAAAAUAUUACUUAAGUCAUGUGCCUUUCUUCAAAUAUGUUUGUUUACUUGUGCAAAUGAAAUUCAUUUGUAAGCUUCUUUGGUUAAGAUAGGAUUAAAGUUGUCAGUUAUUCAGGAUUACAUCGAUGUUCUUUAGCAAAGAGAAGGGAGUGCUCUCUUUCAAACUGGCUCAACUUGACUUGAUCACACCGCGCCACUUUCUGAACCAAUCACGACUUGGUCGCCUGUGUUUUCCCGCGCUUUAGAGAGUUCUUAGUUUUAGCUCUCAAGGUAUUUUCCUCUCCUUUCAUUAGCUGUUGUGAUUACUUAAGUUUUAGUAUUAUGAAUAGCGCUGUUAAUUAGAAUUAGGCACAGU